AUAUUGAAAUUCAAAGCAAAAAAUAUUACCGUUGCAGUUAUAGAGAGACAUUGCAUGGAAUAGAAGCAAGUGAUGUUAAUCGUUUUAUUUGGAGGAAGGCUAAGGAGUGAAUUGAAACUAAAAUCUGAGAAGGAAGAAAUAAUGAGGCAGCAUGGCUGGCAACGCCCUCUACACAUGUUGCAGCUACUGGGAAUGGGAAUAUAUGUGGUAUUGGUAUUGGCAUUUUACUUGUUUUUGGCUUCGUUUCUGGGAAACAAUUCUUUGGAGACGACUGCAACUAGUAUGUUCUCGUUUGUGGCCUUUUCUGUGAUGGUUCUAUUUCUGAGAUGUUCCAGCAUAAACCCAAUAGACAAAAGUUGUUUGGAAAAUUCGGGGACAAAAUCUUCAGUGACUUGUUCUGGGCAGCGGCAGAAGGCCCAUGUACUUGUAACUCAGUUAGUUGUCAGGUAUGUGAAGAAGACUGUAAGGUGUGUAAAGAAGAUGGAGAAAAAAGCUCUUCAUUCAUGUAUCAGGAGGAGAUAUACAGAUCCAUGGAAGAUGGAGCUCAAUUUGCCCUCUUUUGUUACAACCAACGAGGGUAUUUCCCCUAGGCUCACUGAAGGUGACAUAACAUUCUGCUCAUUCUGCAACCGAAAGGUUAAAAAACACAGUAAACAUUGUAAGAGCUGUGAUAAAUGUGUGGAUGGGUUUGACCAUCAUUGUCGGUGGUUGAACAACUGUGUUGGAAGGAGGAAUUACACUACGUUUUUGCUACUUAUGGCUUCUGUCCUGAUAAUGCUCUUACUGGAGGGAGGAGCAGGGCUUGUGGCCUUCGUUCGAUGUUUUGCAAACAAAAGAGGCAUAAUGCAUGAACUUGAGUUUAUGUACGGACACAGAUUCCCAAGAUGGGUAUUUGCAUCUGUGGUGUUUCUCAUAAUUUUACUUUCGGCGUACGCCUCUGCAGCCAUAGGACAGCUUUUUUUCUUCCAUAUUGUCCUCAUAAAGAAGGGAAUUCGAACCUACGAUUAUAUUUUAACAAUGAGAGAAGAAUGCAGUACAGAAGAUUUCUUGGAUGAAUCUGAUAUUCUGAGCACGCCAUCAUCUCCUGCUUCUUCAGUCGAAAGUUUUGAUGACAACCACGAAAAAUCAAAUUUCUUUGCAAAGUUUAGUUGCCUCUCUAAGCAUCAGAAACAUUGUGAAGAGACAAGACUUAAGCAUGACUUAGAAUCGGAAGUGCCUAAAACCCAAAAGCCAGCCAAUGCAAAUAUAAAUCCUUGGAGACUCAUCAAAUUGACCAAAAAUGAAGUAGUGAAAGCAUCAGAGAGGUCAAGAGAAAGAUCUUCUAUGUUCAAGAGCAAUAGCUCAUCAGAGGAAUAUGGCGACCAGAGUGAAACCGCAAACAUCAACAAUAAAGCACUGUUAAUGCCUCUCCCUCAAGAGAGGAAAUGUGGUCCAGCCAUCAAUGCUUCGUAUGUAGCGCUCCCCGCUGCAGGUGAAAUGGAAGCCAUGCCCCUUCUGAUGCAGAACUUGAACUUGCCCAAACGAGGAAGACACCGUACCUCUGCCUCUGAUUCAUAUACUUCCCUCUCCCUUCCCGUAUUCUCUUCAACAUCCAUUGCAUCCCCAAGACUGCCAUGCGCCAGAGAUAGAGUAACAAGUAAGAGCUUAUCUUUCACAACUCCACUGUUAUUGCACCACAGGACAAACUUUGACCUGGGUAUUACAGAGGUUUCAGCUCAACUUGAAACCUACAUUUCAAAACAGGUUGUCAGCUCUCUGUUCAGGCAAUCAAGGGAAGACGGAUCCCCUGUUCCUGUUCAGUAAAAUGAAUCUAAGGAAUACAGAGCAGGAUAAAAAAAUUUGUACAUUUUGGAUAAGGCAGACCAGGAUUUUGUAUUUUGAAUGUUUGCCGCCUAUACAGCGGAUAGAAUUUUUGAGAUUCUCUGUUGAGAAUGUAUAACUUCAUUCUUUUCUAUUCUUUAUAUUUUACCAUACUCAAAUGUUCAAAUUUCAGGUGU